UGUUAUAGUGCUUAUUCGAUGGAUUUUGCGUAGUCGCUUUCGACUUGUCAACGACUUUCAACGAGCCUGACGCCUUCUUCUAGCAAGAGGGAGCCGAUAAGGACGCCGAUGAAUAGGAUCCUCCCAGAAGGGAAGAGGAUUCCAGCUGCGGCCACCAUGGAUACACCGGUGUACAACGGCUGAGUCGUACUGAAAGCCCCGAAAUACGUGGCUUAUUUUAAACGUCACGAAACUAAUUCUAAUUUCGAUCUUCCGUUGUUUGGACCGUGGGCUGGUGACCCCAGUUUUGAAAUGGUUGGUCCUGCCUUUCCCCCUGGAAGCUCAGUCGAUUGUGAAGCUGUCUCUCUUCUUACCAUAUCCUUAAAGGAACAAUGUUUGCGAAACGAGCGACAAAAAAGCAAGGACGAAGGGGCCCGUUGUCCGAGGAGGCUGAAGCAGAAGCGACUGCAGGCGGCAGUGCGUCAGGCACACAAACAACUCGUGCAGAAAAAGAUGAGCGACAGUCUGACAAGGACGAUGAGGAUCCUGUACAUGUCGUCAAGAAACAGAGAACAGCCUCGACUGGGAAACACUUCAUUCAGGCUGUUUCCGAAAGGACAAAACACACUGCCGAGGAGAUGCUGCAUGGCUUUAAAAGCAAUCCGAAACUUACCAUAAAUAAUGACAACCGCGCCACGGCGAUAUUCGAUGUUGACACAGACAGGAAGCACGAUCACAGAGCCAUUCUAGAAAGGAAUGCCGAGAUCGGCGAGAAGAUUGAGAAAGGGGAGCUUGAGGCCGGCAUCUACCGUGGGCAGGGUGCCCACCGUGUUUACGUAAAGAGGCGAGAGGGUGCGCUGUCUUUUGCAAAGUCAACUGGUUUGUAUGGUCCAGUUCGCGGGACAAACAAUGUUCGCAUGACCAUGUAUGUGGACUACAACCCGGAGAUUUGCAAGGAUUACAAGGAGACGGGUUACUGUGGGUUCGGAAACACCUGCAAGUUCUUGCACGACAGGCACGACUACAAAGGCGGGUGGCAAAUCGAACAGGAAUGGCAACAACUCCAAAAGAAGAAACAGGAGAAACUCCGCCGCAUUGCAGAAGGCCUGGCGGAUAGCGAUGAAGACACAGACAAAAGCAGCGACAGCAGCGAGGCGAGCGAGGAUGAAGAUGGUCUGCCUUUUGCGUGCUUGAAGUGCAGGAAAAAGUGGACCGAAAACAUGAACCCUGUUGUGACCCGGUGUGGCCAUUACUUUUGUGAAACUUGUGCGUACACGCACUACAGCACGAGCAUAAAGUGCUAUCAGUGCGGAAAAGAGACACAGGGAAUCUUCAAUUCCGCCUUUGAUUUACUCAGAAAGGUGAAGAACAUUGAGAUGGACAGGGAACGCAAAGCCCAGCGGCGCAAGCAGCGAAGAGCAAACGAGAGGGGAGAAGCAGACUCAGACGAAUCAAAUAUGGAGAAUGACGCAAAGAGCAGUCAAUCAGGAGAAGACGAAGAAGGUAAUUCUGACGCAGGCUCCAAGGAAGAUGGAAGUGGCAACACUUCCGAUGAGGAAGGUGGCGAAGAUGGGCGAGGAAACGAUUCUGAUGAAUAGCAGGGAAACGUGCAUCUGCAACAGACUUAGUCAUUGAGUGAGCACUGCGGUUUUCUUUAGUGGGAGAAUUUUAGAUGAAAGACGAUGUUUUAGUCGGGUCAGUCGGUCUGUGUUCCCCAAUGACUUUCGCCAACCUCUUCUAUGAUCCGCUUUCUUUUAAAUUUAACGGACAGAUUUUUUA